AUGGAUGGCGAUCGCGACCAACGCAUGAAGCGGCAUGAGCGGUUGAUGGCAAGAUCUGGCAAUGCCGCGGGCAGAGGCCGUGCAACCGAUCGCUUCGACCAGGCCAUGCAUCCACGUGGGGAUCCAACGGGGAUGUCGCAGGCGCCAGACCGGGCUCCGAUGUCCUACGACUACGGAUACACAGGCAGUCCCUUCCACGGCGCGCUGCAGCCGAGCGAGGUGCAGGCAUACGGCGCCGAGUUCGCGAGGCCGCGACAGGCGCAUCCACUGUCUCAUCAAUCGCACGCACAAGCGCAUCUCUCGCAGCAAUCACCCAACCCACCAGACUCCGUGCCGCACACCCAGCGCCGCGCGGCCGAGGCCCCACCGUUCGUGCCGUACGAGUCGGCGAUGCUGUACGGCUUCAGUCAGCAGGGUCCAGCUCAAGGACCCUUCGAUGUUGUCCCACAGUACCCGACACGGCAGUCUGCAGCGAUCGAGACCCUGUCAAACCAGUUUCCCGUUUCGCAGUAUUUCGCCUCCGAGGAAUCCACGGGGACUGGGGUCCCAGGGCUCUCGCCUUAUAUGAACACGCAGCUGCCAUAUACUCAACCGGGGUCCAUGGCACGCUCCAGCACCACGCAACCCUUUCCCACGACCAUGGCUGAUUUCACGCCGCUCGGGACCGGCUCCUCCGCCCGAUUGGAUGCACUUCCUGUGCAGCAGCAGGCUGAUCCGUCUGCCCAGCCCGUGGCGGACCCUUCCAGCCUCGACGAAGCGUACGCCCAGUAUCAGCGAGCGCUGCGCAGCACCUUCGACCAGACGCGCGCCGGGCGAUUGGUGGAAGCGAGCCAGUCGCUGCUGGAAAUUUCCGAGUGGCUUGUGACUAAUGCACGGGAUCUUGGAAUCCUGCGCGACGACCAUCAGCUGUACACUGACCGCCUGCAGCUCUGGAGUGAAUUCAACCUCUGCUGGCUGGCCGUCUGUCAGAAACAGAAGGAUGUGACCCAGGAUCUUGUUGCGACGGGCCAACAGCCGCCUCAGACGAGUCUGUUGAGCCGGGAUCGAAUGGAGGCCAUGGGCAAAGACUUGAUUCAGCUUUGCGAUCAGCUUGAACAACACGGAUUGGUUGAUUAUCAGAUGGGUAUAUGGGAGGAAGAGAUCCUAUCCGUCCUAGGCCAAUGCUUGGAUCUGAUGGAGAGCCGACCCGAACUUCUCCGCAUCCAGCCUGUCCCCGAAGCCGGCACAGCAGCACAGCGACCAUGA